UCGAUCUUCUCUCUAGUUGCUAUUGGAAACUUCUUCUACAGAUCAGAAAUAAUGGAGAAAAUGGGCGACGAGCAAAAGCCUCUCUUGUUAACAACUUCUGCGUCUCCAAAGGGUGGCUUCAGAACAUUGCCUUUCAUAGUUGGAACCAUGGCAUUUGUGAGUAUGACGACUAGCUCAUUAGCUGCAGACAUGAUAAAAUAUUUGAUGGGAGAAUAUCACAUGGACAUGGUUUCUGGCUCUAAUUUGAUUUAUUUUUGGUAUGCAAUUACUUACAUUGUACCUGUAACCGGAGCCAUCUUGGCGGAUUCUUUGAUGGGCCGAUUUCAAGUCAUAGGAAUCGCAUCUAUCAUUGGCCUUGUGGGAAUGGUUCUUCUAUGGUUACCAACUGUGAUCCCGCAUGCAAAGCCUCCCCCAUGCAGCGACUCCUGCAGCUCUGCCACAACCUUCCAACUCCUUCAUUUGUGUACCUCUUUUGUUCUGUUGUCAGUUGGAUCUGGUGGAGUAGUUUCCUGUUUGAUGGCGUUCGGCGCGGAUCAGUUGAAGCACAUCCAGAAGAAUGCUGGUGCAAUGGAGAGCUAUUUUAGCUGGUACUAUGCCAUAUUUGCAUUUUGUGAAGUAGUUGGUCUGACCGGUCUGGUUUAUAUCCAAGAGAAUGCUGGUUGGAAAAUAGGCUAUGGCAUUCUUGUUGUGUUCUUCCUCUUUGCAGCUCUCUCUUUCUUUCUUGGUUCUCCCUUCUAUGUGAAACAAAAUGCCAAAAGAAGCUUAAUCCCAGGGUUACUUAAAGUGAUUGUAGCCUCUUGCAGAAACAGACACCUCAAAUUUUCUUCAGGAAAUACUCAAAUAGCUUACCAUCACAACACUUCCACUACCAUGGAUCACCCAAGUGAAAGACUCAGGUUUCUGAACAAGGCUUGCAUCAUACAAGAUCCCCAACAAGACUUGAACUCAGAUGGAACAGCAGUAGAUCCCUGGAGACUUUGCACUGUGGAUCAAGUAGAGGAGCUAAAGGCAAUAGUGAAGGUUAUCCCAAUAUGGUUAACAGGUGUGAUAAUGUCUGUGAAUUUCUGUCAAUCUUCCUUUGCAGUGCUCCAAGCAACCUCACUGGAUCGCCAUAUCUUCUCCAGUUCCAACUUUGAAAUCCCAGCAGGCUCAGUAAACUUAUUUGGAGUUGGGUUCUCCAUAAUCUGGAUAGUAUUAUACGACAGACUACUCCUGCCUGUAGCAUCAAGAAUCAGAGGAAACACAGUCCAUUUUGGCACCAAAUCAAGAAUGGGAUUUGGGAUCUUUGUGUCCUUCUGGUACGUAGUUGUGGUGGGCAUAGUGGAGAGCAUCCGGCGAAGCCAAGCAAUCAAAGGAGAUAGUAAAAUGUCAAUACUAUGGGUAGUGCCGCAGUAUGCGCUGAUGGGAAUUGCAGUGGGAUCCAAUGCUGUGGCGGAGAACCAGUUCUUCAUUUCUGAAUUUCCCCGAAGCAUGUCGACUAUAGCUUCCUGCCUUUACGCGCUUGGCUAUUCCCUCGGGAGCUUGCUAGCGAGUUUGCUGAUGAGCAGCAUCAGCGAAUUGAGCAGAUUAAGUGGAAAUGGGAGCUGGAUAUCAAACGACAUAAACCAGGGUCACUAUGAUUACUUCUACUGGGUUCUUGCUGGGUUAAGCAUGGUUAACUUUCUCCUGUUUCUCUUUUGUAGCUGGUCUUAUGGCCCUUGUAAAGACCAAAAACCAGAGGCCAUGGAGGAAGAAGAACAGGAGUCGUAAAACAAGUCAACUAGGAACAUAUAUAUGAUGCAUGGUCUUAAUAACAUGCAUAUGGUAUAGGCAAGGGAGCGGAUUAUAUUGACGCGCCAAUCUUUGUAACUUUUCGAUGAUAGACAAUACUACAAAAAAGAGAUACAACGUCACCCAAUCAACGUCGCUAUUUACUAACCUAUGUAAUAAUAAGUCAAUAAAAUAAAAUAAAAAUAAUUAUAUUA